CAAUAAAAGGAGUUCCAUUUUUCUAUCUUUCUCCACUCCAAAACCAGAAAGAAAAAACACACAUCAUGACGACAACAACGAAGAAGCCGCACGUUCUGGUCAUACCGUUUCCACAGUCCGGUCACAUGGUUCCACAUCUUGACCUCACUCAUCAGAUUCUUCUCCGUGGAGCCACCGUCACUGUCCUCGUCACACCCAAUAACUCUUCCUAUCUCGAUGCUCUCCGUUCACUUCACUCCCCGGAACACUUCAAAACCCUAAUCCUUCCUUUUCCUUCUCACCCUUGUAUACCUUCCGGUGUCGAAACUCUCCAGCAACUUCCUCUCGAAGCUAUUGUUCACAUGUUUGAUGCUCUCUCUCGUCUCCACGACCCUCUCGUUGACUAUCUCAGCCGUCAACCACCGUCGGAUCUCCCCGACGCUAUCCUUGGAAGCUCAUUUCUCAGCCCUUGGAUUAACAAAGUAGCUGAUGCUUUCUCUAUUAAGUCCAUUUCUUUCUUACCCAUCAAUGCUCAUUCGAUCUCCGUCAUGUGGGCUCAAGAAGAUAGAAGCUUCUUCGACGAUCUCGAGACUGCCACAACGGAAAGCUACGGGCUCGUCGUCAACACUUUCUACGAACUCGAGCCUCAGUUUGUAGAAACUGUUAAAACACGUUUCCUGACUCACCACCGUAUCUGGACCGUCGGACCGUUGCUCCCCUUUAAAGCCGGCGUUGACCGUGGCGGGCAAAGCUCAAUCCCGCCGGCGAAAGUCUCCGCUUGGUUAGAUUCGUGUCCUGAGGAUAACUCCGUCGUUUACAUCGGUUUUGGAAGCCAGAUCCGGCUCACGGCGGCGCAAACGGCUGCUUUAGCGGCGGCGUUGGAGAAAAGUGGUGUGCGUUUCAUAUGGGCGGUGAGGGACGCAGCUAAAAAGGUGAACUCCAACGAUAACUCCGGCGAGGAAGAUGUGAUUCCGGCGGGUUUUGAAGAGAGAGUGAAGGAGAAAGGACUUGUGAUAAGAGGAUGGGCCCCACAAACUAUGAUUCUUGAGCAUCGCGCCGUUGGAUCUUACCUAACUCAUUUGGGUUGGGGUUCGGUUCUAGAAGGAAUGGUCGGAGGAGUUCUGUUGCUUGCGUGGCCGAUGCAAGCAGACCACUUCUUCAACACGACGCUGGUCGUUGAUAAACUAAGAGCCGCAGUGCGAGUUGGAGAGAACAGAGACUCGGUUCCUGACUCGGACGAGCUCGCUAGAAUUUUGGCUGAGUCGGUGAGAGAGGACUUACCGGAGAGAGUUACGUUGAUGAAGCUGAGGGAGAAGGGCAUGGAGGCCAUUAAAGAAGGUGGGAGCUCGUACAAGAACUUGGAUGAGCUCGUCGCAGAGAUGUGUGCGUAAUAAAAUAUUCUCUCGUUUUUAAGAAAUGUUUGUUUUAAGAGAAACAAUAAGCAAAUGGGGUAAGACCUAUGUUGCUGUAUUUUCCUGUUAUUUUUUUCUUAAUUUUGUAUGAGAACGAUUAACUCGAUUAAGAGUUCGUUAGUCAAGUUUUUAGUAUGAAUUAUGGCAAUAAAUCCACAUUGGUUGA